GGAUAAAAAUAUGGUCAUUGUUCUUUACUUUAUUCAAAUAAAUGCUUGCUGAAAAUGACAAUAAACUUUGGAACGAUGAUUAUUAAUAUUAAUAGAGCAAUGUAAUGGAUCUAAAAGCCACAAUUCUAACAGUACCAUCACUUCGUAAUGAAAGCUGCUCAAACCGUGUAAAUACAUCAUUCUUUCAAUAUACUGGUGCUUCAGACGUAAUACAGGCAUUUUUUAUCAUGACGUUAACAUUAGCGAUCGUAGGAGCGAAUCUUGUGCUCAUAAUUGUUAUAAAUUGUCGGCGAUAUUCAUCAUUUAUACAUCCUCAACCAAGGUAUUUGAUAACAUCAUUAGCGUUAAACGAUUUAGCAAUAGGUCUUUUAAUAACACCUUUCGGUACUCUACCUGCCUUGUUACAUUGUUGGCCUUAUGGUGAGAUCUUUUGCCAGAUUCAGGCAUUAUUGCGUGGAGCUUUAACGCAACAAAGUGCUGUCAUACUUGUUUGUAUGGCUGUGGAUCGUUAUACGUGCGCAUUGUAUCCUCAUAAAUAUCAUCAACAUUCAAGCAAAAAAGGUUGUGUAGCCAUUCUAAGUAUAACAUGGAUUUUAUGUCUAUCAUUUUUCGGAACUCUCGUGUUACCCAGAGGACAGUACUUUUUCAACUCAAUUGGUUUACUUGGCUGUGAACCAUUUUAUAAUAAACCCUCUUAUCGAAUUUUAGCAACGUGCGCAUUUUAUUUCCCUACAACAAUGGUUUUAAUGUAUUGUUAUGGUUCAAGUUUCCAUGCAAAUCGUUUUCGUCUAGUUACGGCACCGUCAGCUUCUUCAUCUACUUCAGCAUUUGUUGCUCCCGUCGCAAUUGCUGAAAAGAUGGUUGAACAUGAACGAGUCUUAAGGGGAUCAACAUCGAGGACAAUGGCCGCAAUUUCAUUAGGAUUCAUCGUUAUAGUCACGCCAUAUACGAUUCAAGAGGUCGUUGCAGCAUGCACGGGCAGUAAGGUUCCGCCGAUUAUGGAGUUUAUGGUUGUUUGGUUUGCAAUCAGCAACGGCUUUUGGAAUCCAUUCCUUUACUGGUUAUUAAACGCACAUUUUCGAAGUAUUUCACAUGACAUGAUAGCAACGACUUGCUUUCGGCGUAGGCGAAGUAAAAUGGAAGAUAGCAAGCACCAUAGUUGUACAAUGAGCAGUAUGGAAUGCGACCAUGACAUACCAUUACCACCACUGCCAAAAAUGUGUGCACCUUCAAUCAGUGGCAAUACUGAUUUCGAUGGUCUAUCUGAAAAAUAUUGGGGUGAAAUUCUCGAGCGAACGUUUAGUUCAAAUAGUCUCCAUGCAAUGCAACAUCAAAAUCAUUACCAACAUAAUCAUCAGACACAAGCAUAUAAUAAUAAUAGAAGUAGCAACGGGAAAUUUCAUCAUUUUGGUAACAGUACUGCAUUUAGUGAUAUUAAUUUAAAUAGGAGCGACACAAACUUGUACUAUUCAAAUUCGGAGCCACGAUUAUGUGAGCACGAUCUGCACGAUAUCAACUGUGCCAAGAAUAAAGCGUUUUUUGGUGCAUUUAAUCGAAUUGAGGACAUUUAGUAUAGUACUGAAAUUUAUAGUUUGUUUUCGGAAACUGUAAAGAGAAAAAUCUUUUCAUCGUUGCAUUAUUGUUUCAUUAAAACGAUGUUUUUGUGCAAUAUGAUAACAUUAUGAACACUCGCAAAUAACAGUACUGUAUACUCUGUAAAUGUUAAUCAUCAUACCUGGAAUCACCAUGAAUAAAUUUAUAGGGUUAUUAAGAAGAAAAAAAAAAUUAUCAAAUGGUAAUGUUAAACAAGGUUUUCAGUGAAUCUCAUACAUUAUUCAAAGAGUGAAGUUUUACUUUUAAUAAAUUAUAAUUUUU